UCUUCUUGAUUCUCAACCUCAAGAAUUGUUCUGAAAACCAAUUCGAUUUUCGGGAGAGAUAGAGAGAGAGAGAUGGCGGCUUACGCAGCUCUACUUUCUCUCAGGCAUAUCAUCGAACAGCUUCAGCAUCACCCUUCCCCUCCAAUUUCUCUUGACCAAAACCAGGUCCAAUCUCUCACCGACAACCUCAAUUUCUUGCAAGAGUUUCUUGAGCAGGGAUAUCCUUGUGUUGGCAUCAGCAAAGAAGCAAUUGAUGUUUUUGAAAGUCGAAUUGCAGAAGCAGCUCAUGCAGCCGAAGAUAUAAUCGAAACCCGAAUUGUUGAUCAAAUUCUUGGUGGAUCGAAAAAAACGAAGAGUACUAGAAUGCAAGAUCAUCUGCUCAGAAUUUUGUCCACUUUUUGUGGUGCUGGUUCAUCAAGAUCUCCUUCAACGAGGCAGAAUGUCGUAGCUGGUUUAGAUCUCGAUAAGGUGAUCCAAGACAUGGGUUUAAUCAAGAAAGAUGUGAUGGAGAUUAAAGAUAAUAAUAUUGGAAUAAUCGAAGAUCACCUGCACAAAAAUUCUUCAACUCUUGCUGGUGCUGCUUCAUCAAGGUCUCAUUUAACAACGAGGCGGGAUGCCGUGGUUGGUCUUGACGAGCUCUUGAUUGAAGUAAUGGAUAAGCUCACUGGACAACAAUCUAAUCUCCGCAUAAUCCCGAUUGUUGGAAUGGGCGGCAUUGGUAAGACUUCUCUUGCUAGAAAUGCUUACGUUAAGUUUAUGAAGCACUUUGAUAUUCGAGCUUGGGUUACGAUAUCUCAAAACUACAAUGUGCGAGAAAUUCUUUUAGAAAUUCUUCUUUGUAUAAACAAAGCUGAGAGCCUGGAAAGCUUGAGUGCGAAGAGCGAAGGUGAAUUAGGUGAAAGAGUACACAAAACUUUAUGGGGCAGGAGAUAUUUGAUUGUAUUGGAUGAUAUUUGGAGUGCUGAGGCAUGGGAUAAAGUGAAUCUCUUCUUUCCAGAAAAUGGUCAAAGAAGCAGAAUAAUGAUAACCACUAGGCUAUUAGACGUUGCUUCGAUUGGCUCUCAUGGCGUUGUGAUGGAUUUCUUAAAUGAGGAUAAGAGUUGGGAUCUACUGUGCAGAUCUGUAUUUGAAGAAGAAGAAGAUUGCCCUCCUGAAUUGGAGGAAAUAGGAAAGAAGAUUGCCACAAAUUGCAAAGGACUUCCUUUGUCACUCGUUGUGAUUGGAGGACACCUAGCGAAGUCUAAGCGCACAAGAGAACAUUGGGAAUAUAUUUCAGAAAACACAAAAAAUAUUGUAAAUUCGGAAGACGAUGAACGUUGCUUAAAAGUAUUACAAUUGAGUUAUAACCAUUUGCCGAUACAUCUAAAGCCAUGUUUUCUUUAUAUGGGAGUUUUUCCUGAGGACAAAAAGAUCCGUGUCUCGUGUCUCGUAAAACUAUGGGUUUCUGAAGGAUUUGUGAAACCAAUUAAGGGCAAAAGCUUGGAAGUGGUUUCGAGAGAGUACUUGCAGGAGCUCUGUGAUAGAAACCUGAUUUUAGUUCAUAAAAGGGGGUCUAGUGGGAAAAUAAAAUAUUGCAAAAUCCAUGAUCUCUUGAGGGAACUAUGCUUGAGAGAAGCUCAGAGAGAGAAGUUCUUUUAUGUCACAAGACCGCAUGAACUUACCAUUCCACAGGGCAUAAAUACGCAACGCCGCAUUGGUAUUCAUCAAAGCAUGUCGGAGAAGGAUCCAAUCCUUCGUACGUUGCAAUAUGUGCCUCUUGUUCGUUCUUUGAUUGGCAAAUUUGGAAAAGGUUUACCAUUACUUGAUUUUAGAUUGUUGAGGGUGCUGAAAGCCGAUGAUGAUAAACCUUUAUUUCACAAGAUCGGCACACGAAACAAGUAUUCCUUAGAAGUUGUCUUUCGGCUGAUUAACCUGAGAUUCAUUGCUAUCCAAUCUGAUGGGCUUAAAAAUUCCGGAUUUCCUUCUUCAGUCAAUCUCCUUUGGAAUCUACAGACUUUAAUUGUAAAUCGUACCUUUGGCGGUGUUGCACCAUGUGAAAUUUGGAACAUGACUCAACUUAAGCAUGUUCAUUUCCUUCAUUUUGAGCUGCCUGAUCCUCCUAUCGGUGCGAAAGAUGACGAAUUUGUUUUGGGGAACCUACAGACGCUCUCGAGAAUAAGAAAAUUCAAAUGUGGAGAAGAGGUGGUCAAGAGAAUCCCCAAUAUCAAUAAAUUACAAAUAUCUUACUCAAAUGAACCUCAGGGAUUAUUGAGUUACUGUCUCGACAAUCUUGGCCAUUUACAUAAACUCGAGUCCUUGCGUUUCACCAUUGGUACCCUUUUUAAGCAACCCCCGAAUGAUUGGGUGCAGAAUUUCAUCCUCCCCAAUUCCCUCAAGAAGUUGACUUUGAUGGGGACCAAGCUCAAAUGGGAAGACAUGAAGACAAAGAUAGGUUGGUUACCUAAUCUUGAAGUCCUCAAACUGAGGUACAAGUCCUUUGUGGGGACCGAGUGGGAAACAGCUGAAGGGCAAUUCUGCAACCUUAGAUACUUGCUAAUCAGCAGUUGCAGUGACCUGGAGUGGUGGACAACAGACAGCAACCACUUUCCACGCCUUGAGCAUCUUCAUCUUGAGGACUUGGAUAAGUUGAAGGAGAUCCCUUCAUGUAUUGGAGAAAUAUCAACGCUUCAAUCGAUUCAGUUGCUUUCGUGUAGCGACGAAGCUGUCAUUUCUGCUGAACAAAUAUUGAAGGAACAAUAGGAUUUUGGCAAUGUAGACUUUCGACUCGUAGAGUAAGAAUAGUCCCAACUUUCAAGUUGAAUCUUGUCCAUGCACAUUUGAUUUUGAGUCCUUACAGCAAUAUACAAUGAACCUACAUGGAGCAUAAAUCGAAGAAUGGAGGCCUGGGAGCGGAUCGCUUGUCGCGUUAUUGAACUUAGAUUAACAAUUUGGUAUGUUGGAAUUUACAAUUCAUUGUUUUAAUGUUGAAGAUACCUUCUUCCUGUCAUUCGAUUUGGCGUGAAAUUUAGCCUCCGGUUAAUUUAUUGGAAGCAUUUGUGUGAGCUUGUAAACAAUUUCUACUUUGGUUUUCUUUCAUGUAAUUUCCUUUUUGAGGCUUUGUGUAAUAGUUGGUUUUUUAACAUUUGAACUGGAUUUUAUGCUUCGUUAUAGGGGUACUCUUUUCCUUGAAAA